AUGAGGGCUGUUAUUCGACGAAGGCGUUGGAGUUGCAGCGCACAACCUAUGGAACUAAACUACCCUUCUUUUAUGGCCAUCUUUGAUGGAAAAGACUUCCCACGAGCUAAAAACUUUAGCAGGGUUGUGACAAAUGUGGGAAAUAAAAAAUCAAUUUAUAGAGCAGUUUUGGAAGUUCCUAGCGGAAUGAGGAUUGCAGUGGAGCCUAACACUCUAAAAUUCACUAAAAGACAUCAGAAGCAAUAUUUUCGCUUGAGCUUAGAGAUCGAAAGCAAUGCUCCGAACACGACCUAUGGUUAUCUCAAAUGGGUAGAUCAAUACAACCACAUUGUAUCAAGCCCUGUCGUGGCAAUGAAUCACUAA